CUCUCUACUCUAUCUCGGGAUCUUUCCGUCGGGCCGAGCCGAUGAUAUAAGGAUAAGUUUGUCCAAGUCUGUACCACAACCCAACAACUCAAUAAGAACAAUGGAAUACAUUCGCAUCACUGCUGGCCCCUAUGAAUUCCGCGCUGUCUUUGAGAAUGCCGCCCCCAAAACGGUCGCUGUCUUUCGCUCCCUCCUCCCCUACCGCCAGAAGCUGAUUCACGUCCGCUGGAGUGGCGAGGGGCUCUGGAUCCCACUCGGGGAGACCGACUUUGGCCUCGGCUGGGAGAACCACACGGCGCAUCCGUCGGCAGGGCAGAUUCUGCUGUACCCGGGCGGCAUCUCCGAGACCGAGAUCCUCUUCUGUUACGGGGGGGUGUCUUUUGCCAGUAAAAUGGGCUCUCUGGCUGCCAACCACUUCCUGACUAUUGUCGAGGGCACUGAGAAUCUGCGAGCCUUGGGCGAGCUGGUUUUAUGGAAGGGGGCUCAAGAUGUUGUUUUUGAGGUACGUUAGGAUUGAAUACAAGAAAGAAAGCAAGCUAUAGCUGGCUACUCCCACUCCACCAUCGGCCACUCGAAUCCUCCCUCGUUGACCAGAUCCAGAACAGCCUGUAGCGCCAGUUCGUCGACUUCACUCUCGUCCGGCGCCAGCACCAACGCCGUGGCAUCACGGAC